UCACAUUUUGGUCAGUCAAAUUUCUCAACAUUUUUUGUCACUCUAUAUAGAAACAAGUCGAAAUAAGAGCUACAACACAACAAAUAUACCUACACUACACGUAUACACAAAUUGUACCAUACGUUUCCAGUCCAUUCCCGAUCCCUGACUACAUAACAUAAAUAUGCCGUUUAUCUCACCGUAAUUUCUGUAGCGGUUACACUAGUCGGAACUGAUGUUCAGUGACAAGGACGAUUACUCUGAGAAAUGCCGUAUGCGACGACGCCACCGUAGAAUUCAAAUGAGAAGGCAGCACCACCCGAAUCUAUUAUCAUAUUUGGGGCAAGGAAUUUUUGAAGCUGGGAAGAUGGAAGCUUCUUCGUCUUCUAGUGAAGCGGAGGCAAAAGGACCGGUGGUUGGAGCAAUUUCUAUUCCGGGAAGGCAGCGUGUAAUGGAAGAUACAAUUUCAAUUCGACCUAAUCUAUGCUCGCCGGAGAUCAAUCGCUGCAGACCUGUUGAUUUUUUCGCUGUUUACGAUGGACAUGGUGGACGUCAUGUAAACCCUACGGUAGCUUCAAUGUGUAAAGAGAGAAUGCAUGAGGUACUAGAAGAAGAGCUGAUGCGCAUGAGAAACAACCAAGACAUGGGACGACAACCAUUGGAAGGGCAGAGGAUGGAGGAAGCAUGGAGAAGAGUAUUCAAAAGUUGCUUCUUAAAGAUAGAUGAGAUGGCAUCAUGCAUAUGUAGUGAAUGUGGUAGUGUAGGCUACGAAUGUGGCUGCCCGCUGAGCGUAUUAAAACUCACAGGCUCCACUGCAGUGGUGGUAGUUUUGACGGAUGAGACUAUCAUUGUAGCUAAUUGUGGUGACUCACGCGCUGUUCUUAGCCGCAGUGGAAGUGCGAUCCCUCUUUCUUAUGAUCACAAACCAGACAAACGAGAAGAACGUGCCAGAAUAGAGGCACGUGGAGGUCGAGUUGUGUUUACUGAUGGAGCACGAGUUGAAGGAGUGCUUUCCAUGUCCAGGGCAAUAGGAGACAACAAUUUAAAGCCAUAUAUCACAUCGGAGCCGGAGAUGACCUUUACAAAAAGGGAAGCAGAGGAUGAGUGCUUGAUUCUCGCAAGUGAUGGCUUGUGGGAUGUUAUAUCAAGCGAUAUAGCGUGUGCAGUGGGUAGGGAGUGUCUUCGACAAAGAGAUCCAGCUGGGAACUUUAGCUCCAGGCUUUCUUCCGUAGAAGGUGAUAGCAGAGGAGCAACGUUUUCUUCACGAAGGGCAUGCUCAGCAGCAGCGCUGCUCACCCGGCUUGCUCUGGGCCGGAAUAGCUGUGACAAUAUCAGUGUUAUUGUGGUGGACUUGAAAACAAACCACAGUGCUGUGUAGUUUCUAGAGCUAGAAUGUAACAUACGAGGCACUUUUCGAGUUCUUUCACCGAAUCAGGAUAGUUUACGAUUUGAAUUUUCCUCUUUUGUUGUCAUUUGCAGGUGAGUGAUCUUUUAUAUAAUGAAGUUGACAAUUCAGACUUAAACAACCGGUAAAGGUUCUACUUAAGAUGAAACUUGUGUGGCUGACGUCUAGUUGAAAAUGAAACUUAGAUAUCAGUUUGAUUUUAUUCUUA